GGUCUCGCGAACGCGCCCGGAGCGUCCCAAGAGCCGGGAGCGCGCCCAGCGCAUGACAACGAAUUCGCGGCGCGGCGCCCGUGUCUGUGUCCGCCUCCGCCUCAGCCCCUGCCGCCUCCCCGCGCGUUCUUUUGCAUUCUCUCUCUGUGCCAACUAGGACGCCCUCGAAGUCCCGGGGCCUGGGGGCCACGGGGAUUCCUCCGCGCCUUGUCCCCGCCAGGCCUAAUCGCGAGCGAUGGGGUCACUCUGAGGGACGCCUGGCGCUGAGCCGGCAUGGAGGAGCCACCCCUCCUCGCUUAGGCCCCGCCGUGGCCUGGGGACUCCGGCCGCAGCCCGAGGCGCAGCCGCCGCGGCCUGGAGCUGGAGGCUGGGCCUCCGGGCCGGAGCCGCCGCCGCCCGCAGACCCCGCCGGCCCAUCUGCCAGCCCUCAUCAUGCCUUGGCCGUUUUCAGAGUCCAUCAAGAAGAGAGCCUGUCGGUACCUCCUGCAGAGGUACCUGGGCCACUUUCUGCAGGAGAAACUGAGCCUGGAGCAGCUCAGCCUGGACUUGUACCAGGGCACCGGGUCCCUCGCCCAGGUCCCCUUGGACAAAUGGUGUCUCAAUGAGAUCCUGGAGUCAGCAGAUGCGCCUUUAGAAGUCACUGAAGGAUUCAUACAGUCAAUUUCUCUGUCAGUUCCAUGGGGCUCCUUGCUACAGGAUAAUUGUGCACUGGAAGUGAAAGGGUUAGAAAUGGUCUUCCGCCCUAGACCUCGCCUAGCAACCGGUACUGAGCCUAUGUAUUGGUCAAGUCUCAUGACCAGCAGUAUGCAGUUGGCAAAAGAAUGUCUUAGCCAGAAACUAACAGAUGAACAAGGAGAAGGAUCCCAGCCUUUUGAAGGACUUGAAAAGUUUGCUGAAACCAUUGAAACAGUACUAAGAAGAGUAAAAGUCACGUUUAUAGACACUGUCUUGAGAAUUGAACAUGUGCCAGAAAAUUCCAAAACUGGAACUGCACUUGAAAUUCGAAUAGAAAGGACCAUGUACUGUGAUGAAACUGCUGAUGAACCCUCAGGAAUCAAUGUACACCAGCCCUCAGCUUUUGCUCACAAGUCUCUUCAGCUCUCUGGAGUGUCUCUUUUCUGGGAUGAGUUUUCUGCAUCAGCAAAAUCUUCCCCAGUGUGUUCAACUGCACCAGUGGAAUCUGAGCCGAAGCUGUCACCUAGCUGGAAUCCCAAAAUUGUUUAUGAGCCACACCCACAACUAACUAGAAAUUUACCAGAGGUAGCACCCUCUGACCCAGUGCAGAUUGGAGGGCUAAUUGGUAGGUUGGAGUUGAGUCUCACACUGAAACAGAAUGAAGUACUUCCUGGAGCAAAGUUGGAUAUUGAUGGACAGAUAGACUCUAUUCAUCUAUUCCUGUCGCCAAGGCAGGUGCACUUACUUUUGGACAUGUUAGCAGCAAUUGCCGGACCAGAAAAUUCUAGCAAAAUAGGGUUAGCUAAUAAAGAUAGAAAAAAUCGACCCAUGCAGCAGGAAGACGAAUAUCGAAUUCAGAUGGAAUUAAACCGGUAUUAUUUGAGAAAAGAUUCCCUUACUGUGGGUGUAUCUUCAGAGCAAAGCUUUUAUGAGACAGAAACGGCUCGUACACCUUCUAGCCGUGAAGAAGAAGUUUUCUUCUCCAUGGCUGAUAUGGACAUGUCCCAUAGUGUCUCUUCUCUCCCACCCCUUGGUGACCCUCCGCACAUGGACCUUGAGUUGUCUUUAACUAGUACAUACACCCCAGCAGGAUCUCCGUUAAGUACGACUGUGCUCCAGCCAGCAUGGGGAGAUUUCCUUGAUCAGCAUAAAGAACAGCCAGUGAGAGGGUCAGCAUUGCCGUCCAGCCUAGUUCACCCGGCACCUUUACAAAAGACUGCUCUCCCAUCCAGAUCUGUUUCAUUGGAUGAAUCCAGGCCUGAACUUAUUUUUAGACUAGCGGUGGGAACUUUUUCCAUUUCUGUGCUUCAUAUUGAUCCUUUAUCUCCGCCUGAAACGUCAUUGAACCUUAAUCCAUUGACACCUAUGGCCAUAGCUUUCUUUGCUUGUAUAGAAAAGAUUGAUCCAGCAAGAUUUUCAACAGAUGACUUUAAGUCUUUCCGAGCAGUAUUUGCCGAAGCUUGCUCACAUGAUCACCUUAGAUUUAUAGGUACUGGCAUCAAAGUAUCCUAUGAACAAAGACAAAGAUCAGCUUCCCGGUAUUUUAGUACUGAUAUGUCCAUUGGGCAAAUGGAACUUUUGGAGUGCCUGUUUCCGACUGAUUUUCAUUCUUUUCCUCCUCAUUAUACAGAGCUUUUAAUGUUCCAUUCUAAAGAACAAACUGAUUCCCAUCCUCCUGUAUGUCUUCAGCUUCAUUACAAGCAUUCUGAGACUAAAGGACCCCAGGGUAGUCAAGCAAGACUUAGUUCUGUUCCUCAGAAAGCAGAAUUGCAAAUUAAGUUAAAUCCAGUAUUUUGUGAGCUGGAUAUCAGUAUUGUGGACAGGUUAAAUUCCUUGCUUCAACCACAAAAACUUACUACGGUGGAGAUGAUGGCAUCUCACAUGUAUACUUCAUAUAAUAAACAUAUUAGUCUGCACAAGGCUUUCACUGAAGUAUUUCUAGAUGAUUCACAUAAUCCUGCAAAUUGUCGGAUGUCAGUGCAAGUUGCCACACCAGCAUUAAACCUUUCUGUUCGCUUUCCAAUACCUGAUCUUCGAUCAGAUCAAGAAAGAGGACCAUGGUUUAAGAAGUCACUUCAGAAGGAGAUCCUUCAUUUAGCAUUUUCAGAUCUAGAAUUUAAGACUGAAUUUAUAGGAGGAUCAACCCCAGAACAAAUUAAAUUGGAACUUACCUUUAGAGAACUAGUUGGGUCAUUUCAGGAAGAUAAAGGAGAACCAUCUAUUAAGUUUUUCCAUGUGUCUGGUGGAGGGGAUGGAGAUACAACAUCAUCAGAUGAUUUUGACUGGCCACGAAUUGUGCUGAAAAUAAAUCCACCAGCCAUGCAUUCUAUUUUGGAGAGAAUAGCCGCUGAGGAAGAAGAGAGCGAUGGCCCCUGUCAGGAAGAGGAGGAAGGAGGCGCUCAUUCCCUGAAAGAUGUCUGCGAUCUGCGGAGGCCAGCCCCGUCGCCCUUUUCUUCUCGUAGAGUGAUGUUUGAGAAUGAACAGAUGGUGAUGCCAGGAGACCCUGUAGAAAUGACAGAGUUUCAGGAUAAAGCAAUCAGCAAUUCUCACUAUGUGCUGGAACUUACCUUACCCAAAAUUCAUGUAACACUACCUAAUAAAAGCUUUUAUGAGAAGCUUUAUAAUAGGAUCUUUAAUGACUUGCUGCUGUGGGAACCAACAGCUCCUUCACCAGUGGAGACUUUUGAAAAUAUUUCAUAUGGUAUUGGGCUUUCAGUAGCCAGUCAGCUGAUUAAUACCUUCAACAAGGAUAGUUUUAGUCCAUUUAAGUCUACAGUUCACUAUGACGAGGAAAGUGGGUCUGAGGAGGACACCUUGCAGUACUUUUCGGCUGUUGACCCUAACUAUCGUUCCCGGAGGAAGAAGAAGCUAGACUCUCAGAACAAGAACUCACAGAGUCUUCUCUCAGUUCUUCUGUGUAUUAAUCAUGGAUUGGUGGCAGUGUUUACAGAUGUAAAGCAAGAUAACGGAGAGCUAUUGGAAAACAAGCAUGGUGAAUUCUGGUUAGAGUUCAAUAGUGGUUCGUUAUUUUGUGUGACAAAAUACGAAGGUUUCGAUGACAAGCACUACAUCUGCCUUCACGCCAGCAGCCUCAGUCUCUGCCACAGAGGCAUAGUGGAUGGAGUGAUUCUUCCUACAGAAACACGACUGCCCAAUUCAACCCGCCCACAUUGGUUGGAACCUACUAUCUAUUCCUCUGAAGAAGAUGGCCUCAAUAGAGCUGCUUCAGAUGGUAUUGGUGGAGACACUUUGAAUAUGCUCUCUGUUGCAGUCAAAAUAUCAUCUGAUAAAUCAGAGUCCAAUACAAAGGAAUUUCUCAUUGCUGUAGGACUGAAAGGAGCCACUCUCCAGCACAGAAUGCUUCCUUCUGGGCUUAGCUGGCAUGAGCAGAUUUUAUACUUCUUGAAUAUUGCUGAUGAACCUGUUCUGGGAUAUAAUCCUCCAACUUCAUUUACAACUUUUCAUGUUCAUCUUUGGAGCUGUGCACUUGAUUAUAGGUUAGUUUACAAAUGGAACAAAAGUUUUAUUAUUUAAAAUAUGUACUAAGUUUUAAAAAAAUACUUUAUUCAAUAGAGUUAAAGUUCAAAAUGCUCUUUAAAAGUAGUUUCUGUUCCUAAUUACAACCCUUAAAUAGAAUUCGUGCCUCAUAUCGAAUUUNNGCUUUUGGAAUUAACCAUAACUGCAGUGAAAACUGAUUCUGAUGGAGAGCAGACUGAACCACGCUUUGAGUUACACUGUUCCAGUGACAUUGUCCACAUUAGAACGUGCUCGGAUUCUUGUGCUGCAUUAAUGAAUCUCAUUCAGUACAUUGCAAGCUAUGGGGACCUAAAUGCAGCUAAUGAGGCAGAGAUGAAGCCAGGAGCCUCUCAAAGAAAGAUGAAGGUAGAUUCUGGCAGUCGAUCAUCCUCACGAGGUCCAGUACUUCCUGAAGCAGAUCAACAAAUUUUACGAGAUUUGAUGAGCGAUGCUAUGGAGGAGGCUGACAUGCAGCGAGCCACAUCAUCUGCGAAGCCACCGCCUAACGGUGGUUUGGAAGAAAAAUCCCAAAUUCAGGAACCCUGUUGUUCAGAUCUCUUCCUGUUUCCUGAUGAGAGUGGGAAUGUGUCCCAGGAGCCCAGCCCCACUUAUGCUUCAUUCACUCAUCACUUGAUCAGUGAUGCAAUGACAGGUGUGCCCACUGAAAAUGAUGACUUCUGCAUUCUUUUUGCCCCAAGAGCAACCACUCAGGAGAAGGAAGAAGAACCAGUUGUAAAAAUAAUGGUUGAGGACACAAUUGUGAUAAGAGAUAAUUAUUUUAGUCUGCCCCUUAAGAGAACAGCUACGAGCAAAGCCCCACUGCACUUUCCUGUCCCUGUGAUUCGGUAUGUAGUUAAAGAAGUGUCUCUUGUUUGGCAUCUUUAUGGAGGAAAGGAUUUUGGAACAGCUCCUCCUACUUCUCCAGCUAAAAGUUACAUUAGUCCCCACAGUUCACCUUCUCACACACCCACGAGACAUGGACGUAAUAUGGUAUGCGGGGGAAAAGGAAGAAACCAUGACUUUUUAAUGGAAAUACAGUUAAGCAAGGUGAAGUUUCAGCACGAAGUCUAUCCCCCGCGCAAGCCUGAAUGCGAUCCCAGCCUCUCAGAGCGCCCAGUCUCCCGACAGGUGUUCGUCGUGCAGGAUCUUGAAAUCCGAGAUCGUCUGGCGACAUCGCAGAUGAAUAAGUUUUUGUACCUGUACUGCAGUAAAGAAAUGCCUCGAAAAGCUCAUUCCAACAUGUUGACAGUUAAAGCAUUACAUGUGCGCCCAGAGUCUGGCAGGUCGCCACAGGAAUGCUGCUUGAGAGUAUCUCUAAUGCCACUUCGCCUCAAUAUUGACCAGGAUGCUUUGUUCUUCCUGAAGGAUUUCUUCACAAGUCUUUCCACAGAAGUAGAGCUUCUAAUGGCUCCAGAUCCAGAAGUUACAAAGUCUCCAGGAGCUGAUGUCACCUGCAGUUUGCCGAGGCAUUUAAGCACCUCAGAGGAGCCAAAUCUGUUUAUUUCUCUCCCUGGGCCAAAGCGACCUCCACCAAAUGAUAGUGCCAAUUCAGUGGAAGUGGUUAACGGGGAGGGAGAGAAAGACUUCUCAGCUGAAGAAGUGUCAUUUAGUGAUCAGCCCGUUUUUUUUAGAGAGUUUAGAUUCACAUCAGAAGUUCCUAUUCGACUUGAUUAUCAUGGCAAACACGUAUCAAUGGAUCAGGGUACCUUAGCUGGCAUUUUGAUUGGUCUGGCCCAGCUAAACUGCUCUGAACUAAAGCUGAAGAGGCUUUUUUAUCGGCAUGGUUUGUUAGGUGUUGACAAAUUAUUCUCAUAUGCAAUCACCGAAUGGCUUACUGACAUUAAGAAGAACCAGCUACCUGGAAUCCUGGGAGGUGUUGGGCCUAUGCAUUCACUAGUACAAUUAGUGCAAGGCCUGAAGGACUUGGUCUGGCUACCCAUAGAGCAGUACCGGAAGGAUGGCCGCAUCGUCAGAGGAUUUCAGAGAGGCGCCGCCUCCUUCGGCACCUCAACGGCGAUGGCCGCUCUAGAGCUCACCAACAGGAUGGUUCAAACCAUACAGGCAGCAGCAGAGACUGCUUAUGACAUGGUGUCUCCUGGUACCCUUUCUGUGGAGCCCAAGAAGAUGAAAAGAUUUCCCCAUCACCGGUUAGCCCACCAGCCAGUAGACCUGAGGGAAGGGAUGGCCAAGGCCUACAGUGUUGUGAAAGAGGGAAUUACAGACACAGCCCAGACCAUUUAUGAAACGGCAGCUCGAGAGCAUGAGAGCAGAGGGGUCACAGGGGCUGUGGGCGAAGUCCUGCGCCAGAUACCUCCAGCGGUGGUGAGACCUCUGAUCGUCGCCACAGAAGCAACAUCAAAUGUGUUAGGUGGCAUGAGAAACCAAAUCAGACCAGACGUUCGGCAAGACGAAUCCCAGAAGUGGCGCCAUGGGGAAGACUGAUACCUAAGACAUGCUUCUUUAUGAAGAUAAUGACGAUGGAAAUGAGGAGCCGAGUGUUGCUGUCAGGGUCAGAGGGAACUCAUUUAAUUUUAUUGUGCUCAUCUCAGGAACAAAAGCAUUUCUUAGUUAAAUAAUUUAAUGUCAAAACAACAUACAAUCAAAAACUCGUGGUGUUUUAGGGCUAGUUUGGUACUUGCCUAUAGAAGCAUUUGGUAGCUAGUGUCAAAAGUCCCUAAAGCAUCUGCUGCCAGGUUAGUGGAAUGCUUGCGCUUACUGAAGUGGUGUAAUUCUUGUUACAGACCAGGUACAUUGGAAACCUUUCACAGCGCAGAGUGCUUAAAACCAUUGGAGUACGUUGGAAGCACUACUUACAUUGCUCCAAGAGUUGAUGUUUUCUCAAGGCUUAAAAAAGAAUCACAGCUUCGAAAUGUUCAUUGAGAAUGAGAGACAGAAGCCACAGGGAAAGCAAAGCAAAUGGGAUUUUCAACAUAAAUAUCACUGAGGAGUAAAUAACCUAUUCUCUUGGAUUUAGAAUUCAUCCACUCGAGAACAUUAUUUUCAUUUCCUCAGAAAGUCUGUCUGUGGGAGUUGAGAGCGUGAAUGUCGCAGAUGUGUUCUGUUGUGUUGCACUUUAUCGUGUGUGUGUGUGUCUGUGUUUUAGAUUAAUACAAGUCAUGUGCUAUAUUCUUUAUGUAAUUUACAGAGUUACACAAAAUACCGAGUGGAGUAAGAGUGAAAGUUUUUGGCAAAGGAAGGUAACUCCCAAAUGGAACAACCCCAUUUAUCUUAAGUGUAAAUGAAAGUGUGCAUUCUAUCAUGAGCUGGGGCCCAUGUAAUUGUUUAUAUGUUCAGUUUUAAGCAGGUGUACUGCAGGCUUGUUAGGUAUGUGUGGAAAGGGAGAUUGGAACUUUUUUUUUCUGUUUUAAAAUUAACCAAAAAUCCUCCAAAUAUAGCCUAGUCAGCUAUUUCGAAGUACCAUUUUUACUUGGUUAACAAUGUACAUUUUGAUAACCUGUCAGGAACAAAUAAAGUCUUCUUAUUUAAGGUAAAAUUGUUCUAUGCUUCCAUGAAUAUUUUGCUUUUCUUGGGGCAUAUUCAUAGAUGCAGUACUGUGGUUUAUCUGAGCCAAUUGGGAACACUUUCUCAAACUGAUUUUGGUUAAUAUCAAGUAGAUCAUUACCUAGGAGUGGGGGUAGAGGAAAUUGUUCUCAGGACCCCCAUCUCUGACUUCAUAUUAAUCUGGCAGAAAGGAAAUGCAGGACUUGGUGUUCAUGUGCUAUUUAAAGUCGCAUGAUAUGAGUUCUCAUUUUCUAAAGUUGGGGGAAUGCAUUUGAGGUGAAAUUGGAUGUCAGAACUACAUUUCAGUUUGGGGUCUGGAAAAGGAUGUUGGACCCAUUUCAUUCUCUAAAUUUUCUAAACAAGAAGCAAUGUAAAUAAAAAAUCCUAAUAUUUAAAAUCAUAAAAAUUGUGUUAAAUAGCAUUUAAUUUAAUUUUAAUUUUGUUUCUUUUUACUGCUGCAAAACUUAAAAACGGAAUGCCCAGGGCAACCACCUGUUUAAGCAUCACGGAAUCACUUGUUAGUCUGUGCUAGUUAAACGGAGUCCGUGGAGAACAUGGUCCAGAGUAAACACUAGGCAUGCCUGGCGAUCAUCCCGAAGGCUCUGCCUGCCUGGGGCGCAUCCCACUGCCCUGCACACUGUCCCCAGUGUGUCCAUUUUUCCCUUACAGUGGGACAUAACAAUGCCUGUUAUCUGUGAUGAUUCGUCAAACUGAGUACCACUUGAUCAAACUUAAAAAUAUAAAAUCUCUCAUUUUUAAAUAUAUUUUCCAUAGUUAUAAUGAUUAUUUAAGUUUAUUUAGAUAUAGGGAGAAAUUAUCAUUCUCUUCUUUGUGCUCUUGAGUUGCAAAUGGAUCUGUCUUUUGACAAAUCAGAUUUAUCAGUUCUCUUUCAGCCUUUAUCUCUGUAAUGUAAUCUCCGUGGUUCUUUCUCUGUCCUCUACCUGCUAGUGAAACAAGGUUUGGGAACAGAAACCUGUGUCUCUGAAAGUUUCUUGGUCAAAGUUCUAUUCAUUGUCAGUUUAACUAAGAUGAUCUUGAGAUGUUUAUGUAGAGGACCUAUCUAUAUUUAAACACUUCUUCGUUAAGUGUCCUCAGUUUUGUUUUCUGUUUUUAGGUGUCUUUUCAAACUUUUAUGUCACAGUGACACAGUAGAAAGAGGGUUGGGGAGGAUCCUUGGGUUGCAAGAUCUACGACUUACCAAGCAGAUGGCUUGGUCAAGACACUGAAUUUCUCUAAGCCUUAGUGCCCCUCUCUAUAAAUGAAGGCAUUUCUUAUGGCAAAGCCCAACAGAGAUUUCAGAUGAUUAGGCGACGUGUAUGAGUGUGUGAACAAUGGUGUGGGUUGUAAUGCUCAGUAGAGUGCCCUGGACCUGUGGCACUUCUGGCUGGUGGCGUUGUUGAAUGAGAGCAUUCUGGUCACAUCACACACAGAGUGGCCAGGGGUGCCUUUAGAUCUCGGCUCAGUAGAGUGAUGUGUUUCUGAAUGGUCACAGUGCCUGCAUGGGUGACUUUGAUGUGGCCCUUCUACAUGGAGGGGGCUGUGUAGGCAUCUCCCCAAGGAGUCCAGGUAAGCCAGCCUGAUCAGGAUCCUUCAGAGAAUCUCAGAACCCCACAGUGUUCAGAGCACAUUAAGACCACCUUCCAUUGUAAAGGCAGUGGAGGUGGAGGCGAUAUCUUCUCUUGAAUGGGGACCGAUUUGGACUCCCCGUUUUCCCUUCCUGUCUGUUCCCAGAUUGCUAUAAUUUACAGGCAGAACGUCCACUCAACAUUUGCUUUUAGGAUAGAUGUAAGACCAUGUUUCUUCUAGACAUCAUCGCAUUAGAUUUUGACAUUAAUAAAAUUUGGGUCCAUUUUGGAUUCCCACUCACAUGCAUAUAUUUUUGUAAUGUAAACUCAGUUUAAGAAAAAAGUCUUAACCAAGUAGCAAAAUGGCAAAAAUUAAAAACCAGUGUUUCCUGCCCCCUGCUGUCACUUUUAAAUGCCAUCAAGAUAUUUCUAGCUUUUAAGGGAAUUGCUUUUUAACCAUCUCCUUUAAAAACUGUUCUGUAGGUUUGCUGCCUUUGUUCAGUUUCAAAACAGCCCAAACAGCGUUGUCUGCUCUGGCACGGCCCACUCGUCCCCAGGUGGUGCCUCUGGAGUGUCAUUCGGUUCAGGUUCUUCGCACGGUGUGUACGCUUAGCAGAGGAGAGACUGCAGGCAGAGUUGAAUGUGAGCGAUUUUGAGUGAGAAAUCCACACUUGCACUAAAUGGCUUCAGGAUUAACACUUGUCUUGACAUUAAAUUGUGUAUGUGCAAAAAGUUGUGCGACUUAAGAGAAAUCAUUUAACUGCUUCACUUUUCUUUUACCUGCAUUGGAUAUAAUUCGUCAGAAUUACCAGGUAUAUGGCAGAGCUAGUGUUCUAUGUUGAGGAAUUUUAUUCCCUGUCUCCCCUCCCAUCUUCUUGACCUACCUAGACAUCAGAGGGAAUGUCCAGAAAGUCCUUUAAGCUGCUUCAAAGUAAGGUCUAUGCAAACACAGGGUGGUAUUCUUUUGUUAUCUGUAAAUGCAUCAACUGGACAUGCUUAUUCAAACAGAGUAAGUCAAAUAUUAAUUUGAGUCAUAGGUUAGAGGGAAGGUUAUUUGUAUGGUGUAUAGAUAAGGGGGAGAAAAAGAUUUUUUUUUUCCAUUACCAAGAAAUUUUAUUCCUGUUUACUGGAAGAUAUAGUCAGUCUUUUCAUAUGAGAAUAAUUGAGUCCUUUAAUGCCAAUUUAUUUUUACCUCAAUAUUUUCAGGACCAUGCUAGCCACACUGCUCCCGUUAAUAGACUUUAGAUGUGUAGUUGCCAGUCAGCCAGUUAAUCGCAUUUGCCUUUCAUCACAGUGUCUGUAAAUCAGAGACAGAAAAGGCGUUCUAACACACCACCGUGAUAGGCUUGUUUAGGGAUGAGGAAUUUGAGUUCCCAAAACUCAUAUUUUGAAAUGUCAGCAAUUUAAAAAGUAUAGGGUGUUAGAGAUCUAUUUUCACCUCCUAUAACUGUCAGCACCUCGAUUUUGAGCAUGCUGCUUUAUAGUAAGUACCAGAGUGCUAUGUUGUAUAUCAAAGGAUUGUGAAUAGCUGACUCAAUAACAUCUCUACUGUGUGGGGUAGUUGAAAUAGCAGCCCCUCCUUUAAAACAUGUUUACUUUGCUGUUUCACAUGUAUUUCAUAUAUAUAAAAUGGCAGCUUCCAAUUUCUAGUUGAAUUUGUCUUACAUUGUAUAACUUGCUGGUCACACAGGACUAUUUUGCUUUUUUACUGAGAAAUUUGGUAGGGGCAGAAGUUCAUUUCUUUUGGUAAUCCAGCCUGACUUAUUUUAGACAUUGAAUUUAUCUCACCACAGUAUUGCAUACAUUGACUAUCAUUGCUAAUUUUCCUAUUAAGGUGAUUAUGGCUGUGAAUACUUCAAGAAUACUAAUGAUGUCUGAAUAUUUUUAUGAAAAUGUAACUUGUUAGUGUGGCUAUUUAAAAUAUGAAAUUAAGAAUAUCUUGAAAAAAAUUAAAAUAUUUACUCUUUGGA